CAGCGCACCAUUAUUUCAGCAAUGUAUAUUUUGCUUCUAUCGGUUGCAGUACUAGCAGCAUGUUAGCAUCGCUUUCGUUGUCGUCGUCGUUCCUUGAAGUCCCAGGGAAGACAAUCUUCAGAGUAUGUCAAAUUAUCGGAAUCGUACCAUUAAGCUUUAACUUCAAUUCUCAUACCGCGAAAGCGUCGACUUUCUGGCGCUGCUACACCGCCGUGAUAUUGAUCACAAUCACCGCAUUCACCCCAGGGAGCACCAGCACCAUUAACAGUCAAAUGGAUUUCUUGAAACAGAAACGACUCAUGUACUUCGUCGGAUCCAAUCGAUGUGUCGUCCUUCACCUAUGUGCUAUAUUCAGUGUCCUCAUUCAGCUGUUUAAGGACCGUAAUUUGGUAUACUGCUGCAAUCAAGCCAUUCGAAUUUUCGAUUCACUGCGCGCACUUUCGAUUGAUAGGUCUGACGUGGUGCUGGUGGCCUUCGACAGAAAUUUUCUGCUUCGCAUAGUGGUUAAACUCAUCGCACUAUGGCCCGUGACCCAGACGACGGUGUUCUAUAUUACGAACGAUGGAGCCCUGGAAAAUAUUCAAUUUUUAUUCGCUCUAUUGUCUCAGUACUACUGUCAGUUGGUAAUAUACAUGACUCUUAAUAUGUUCUACGUUGCUACUUUGAUGCUAACAUCAUAUACGAGGCACCUCAAUCGAUGCAUGAAAAGGACUUUCCGGGAAAUCAGAGUGCUGAGGACGCAGCCGGGACGAGGAAAUUCCCUAAAGAUGCAGAAGUAUUGUGAGUUGGCUGACAUCUUGGAUAGAAUAAUUGGUAUCUAUAAGAAAGUCGCAGCUUUGACAAGGCUUGUCAAUCAGCAGUACCAGGUGCAGAUCUGCUGUUCUUUGGUUUAUAUUCCGAUUGAAUGGGUCGUCCAGUGUUACUUUACCUAUUUCAUUUACACCCAUAAUAGAGCUCGAUUUGUUUGGAAUUUUGGAGCUCUGUUUUUUAUUGCUUCCUUAUUUCUAGAAAUAUUUUUGAUCAUAAAUGCAACUGAACGGUUGAUGAGAGUGUUUGCCGAAACGAAGUGGAUCGUAAGAAUGGGAGCAGAAGUUGGAAAAGUUGACGAUAGGUUGGAAAAAAUGAUAGAACAGUUUUCGAUGUACCUGGAUAAUGAGAGAACACAAUAUUCGCUUUGUGGCUUGAUUAAUAUGGACAAUCGAUGCUUGAUGAUGAUGGGUCAGUGCUUGCUUACAUCAUUGCUUAUUCUUAUACAAUUUGAUACCAUAUUGGUAUAGUUAAGUUUUGGAGAGUAUAAAGAGAGCAUGAAAUAUGUUGUAGAACAAUUUUGAAUGUAUUACUUUGAAAACGGGAAAAGUUCCUAGACAUUUACAAAACUCUGUUCCUUAUUAAAGUAUUAGGCCAA